UUUGCACCAUGUCGAACAAGGCCGCUGCCAAGAAGCGCAACGAGAAGCUCAUGGCGACCUCGACCAACUACGGCUCCGUCUACCUCGACGUGAACGACCCGGGCCAGCACUGGGACUACGCCAUCGCGUUCCCCAACCCGGAGACGCGCAAGUCGCCGGCGCCGGUCUCGAUGCAGGAGAUCCUCGAGAAGCUCCACGAGCAUGGGCUCAUCUUCAAGCUCUUCUACUCGUCGACGCGCGACAUGGUGCUCUGCCAGAUCCGCUGCCACUACAAGCGCCUACAGAUGGAGGCCGACCGCAUCGACAUGCCUGUGCUGCUCGACCCCAAGGUGCUCCAGGCGACGGCCGAGCGCGGCUUUCCGGAGCUCGGCAUUGCGCCGUUCGCGAUUAGCGACGUCAAGCGCCUCUACGACUUCCACCCGUACGAGCACAUCCACGCCGCGUAUGAAGACGACGAGGAGCACCAGGAUCUGUUUGCGAAGCGUAACUUGGACGGCUCGGUGUUUGCGCCCGUCGAGCGCAUGAAGCUCAUCGAAAGCAUCAUCGUGUCGCACGAGUGCUGCAACUUGGAUCUCGAUGCGCUCUGCAUGGACGGCUCGAUCCUCGCGUGCUACCCGCUCCACAACGAAGACGAGAUUAAGCACCUCGCCAAGUCGUGGAUCCCCAAGGUCGCGGCGCCGUGGACGCAGCCCAUCGAAGAGAUCCGUGACUACUUUGGCGAGCGCAUCGCCUUCUACUUUGGGUACCUCGGCCACUACACGACGUGGCUCAUCUACGCGAGCAUUGUCGCGUCGAUCGUCUUCCUCAUCAAGUGGUUCACCGAAACGGAGGAGCGCACGAUCAAGAACCCCGACGGCACGGAGAUCAAGUCCGAAGUCCCGUCGGUCAUGACGUACGUCAUCCCGAUUUUCGCCGUCUUCAUGUGCAUCUGGUCGACGCUCUUUAUGGAGUCGUGGAAGCGCCAGCAGCAAGUAUACGCGAUGAAGUGGGGCAUGACCGAGAUUGAAGGCGAAGAGAGCACCCGCCCGCAGUUCACGGGCGAGCCCGUCUUGAGCGCCAUCACGGGUGCCAAGACGCGCUACUUCCCGUACACCAAGAAGUACCAGCGUGUCGCGGUCUCGUGGGCGCUUCUCUUCUUGCUCUGCUCGGUCGUCAUUGCGAUCGUCGCCGGUAUCUUCACUCUUCGCCACAACCUCGUCGAAGGCGACAACGCGUGGAAGGCCGAGUUCUUGGGCUUGAAGAUUCCCGUCGGCAUUGCCGUGUGCUCGGGUGCCAACGUCAUCCAGAUUAUCAUCAUGGGCAAGAUCUACUACCGCAGCUUCUACCGCCUCAACGAGUACGAGAACCACGAGACGGACGCGCAGUACGAGAACUCGCUCGUGCUCAAGACGUUCGUCUUCCAGUUCAUCAACAACUUCUCCGCGCUCAUCUACAUUGCGUUCCUCAAGAACAUCUUUGAAGGCCCGAGCAACACGCGCCUCCACGAGCUCGCGUACUCGCUCGCUAUCGUCUACGGCUCGCAGCUCGUCAUUGGCAACGUCAAGGAGAUCCUUCUCCCGCGCGUUUGGGUCUGGCUCUCGAAGCGCUCGAUCCUCAAGCAAGAGGCCGUCGCCGAGCACCAGUCGGAGGCCGAGAAGGAGUUCUUCCUCGCCACGUAUGAGUGGAGCGGCACCUUUGACGACUUUACCGAGAUCAUCACGCAGUUUGGUUUCUGCACGCUCUUUGUCGUCGCCUUCCCGCUCACGCCCGUGCUCAGUCUCCUCAACAACUACCUCGAGAUCCGCGUCGACGGGUACCGUCUCCUCUUCGAGAACCGCCGCCCGCGCCCGCGUAACGCGAGCAGCAUUGGUCUCUGGAUGGAGAUUGUGGAGUUCAUGACGACGCUCGCGAUCUUGACCAACGCGUACGUGGUUGUGUGGACGUCCAACACGUUCGACUUUCUCGAGGUCAAGUACGCGGGCCACUCGAACAUGGUCGAGCUCACCCGCGUCGAGGCGUUCAUGAUCUUUGUUGCUGUCAUGCUCGCGUUCCGCUUCUGCAUCGCCAAGCUCAUCGCGGACGUGCCGCCGUCGGUCGUUGCGCAGGUCAAGCGCCAGCUUUUCUUCAACAACAAGGCCAUCUACCGCCUUCCCGAUGACAUUGUGAGCAAGUACUCCCGCCGCCCCGACGACGUCUUUGACAUGACGAUCCAAGAGUCGGGCUAAGCUCGAUGUAGUUUGCAUCGGGGCCACUACACACUGUGUUAUGAAUAUACGUGUCAUUUGUGACCAUGA